UAAUUCAGACGGUUCAAUCAUGUGAAACUCUUUUGCCUAAUUAUUUUUUCAUUGUGAAAUUUGUUAGUUUGAAUUAUUGUAUUAAAAAUUAUAGUAAAUUAUUACUGUAUUUUUGCAGCUUAUGUAAAAUUUAUAAAUUUUCAAAAAAACAGAGUGAAAUAAUGACAAACAAAUCCUGGAAUGUACUGGUGACGGGGGGUGCUGGGUACAUUGGUUCUCAUACAGUAUUGGAAUUAUUACAAGCAGAUUUUGAGGUGGUGGUAAUAGACAACCUUAGUAAUGCUUAUAAAGGAAAUAAUGAUAUAAAACCAGAAUGUUUAUUACGAAUAGAAAAAUUAACAAAUAGAAAAAUUAUAUUUGUUCAAUGCGAUGUAACAAAUUUGGAUGAAUUACAAAAAAUAUUUGAAAAGUACAAGUUUCAUUCUGUUAUACAUUUUGCUGCUUUAAAAGCUGUGGGUGAAUCUUGUGAAAAACCCUUAGAGUAUUAUAAAACAAAUGUUUGUGGAACAUUGAAUUUAUUAAAAGUUAUGAAAGAAUUCAAUGUGAAAUGUUUUAUUUAUUCAAGUAGUGCCACAGUUUAUGGCAUUCCAGAAAAACUACCAUUAGUUGAAGAUAUGAAAACUGGUGAUUGUACUAAUCCUUAUGGAAAAACAAAAUAUAUGGUUGAAGAAAUUUUGAAAGAUCUAUGCAUUUCAGAUAAGGCAUGGUCUGUUAUAUCUUUGAGAUAUUUUAAUCCAGUUGGAGCUCAUUCUUCUGGAUUAAUUGGAGAAGAUCCUAAUGGAAUACCAAAUAAUUUAAUGCCAUAUAUUGCUCAGGUAUCUGUAGGAAAAAGAGAAAUUUUAUAUGUUUAUGGGAAUGAUUAUGAUACUCCUGAUGGAACAGGCGUACGAGAUUAUAUUCACAUUACGGAUUUAGCUGUAGGCCAUGUAAAAGCAAUGAUUUAUCAAAAAAUUCAUAAUUUUACAGGAUUUAAAGUGUUUAAUUUAGGUACUGGCAAAGGAUAUUCAGUACUAGAAGUUAUACGAGCAUUUGAAAAAGCAUCAGGACGAAAUAUACCAUAUAAGAUAAUCGAACGCAGAUCAGGUGAUAUUUCCGUAAGUUAUGCAGAUGCUAGUUUAGCUAAUAAAGAACUAGGUUGGCAGGCUACUAAAAAUAUAGACAAUAUGUGUUUAGAUACAUGGAGAUGGCAACAAAAUAAUCCAAAUGGAUAUAAAUCUUCAUAAAUAUUGAAAUAUUUCUUAU